GCUUUGGAGUUUGAACAUUUUCUUUGUUUUAAUUUGUGGGUUUUGGCUAUUCAAUGUGUAAAACCCUAAAAGUACAAGUAAUUAAUAAUAUACUGGUACUCAUCUGCCAGGGGAUGUCGGAACCCCGCUUUGACUUGGAGUACACUACUUUAGAUUUUGGAUUCUCUAUAAAUCCCACCUACUGUUUCAUCUUUACUUCCUCUCCUCCUUUGAUUGUUGAACAUUCAAAACAAAAAGAAAACCUAGCUAAUUACUUACUCUCACAAGAAAGGUUAACAUACACUGUGCUGAUGAAUACUUUUUCAAGCCUUCUGCUUUGCCUUCUUUUCACUACGCUUUCCUUAGGGAACUCUACUGCAGGUGAAUAUACGAAACAAGAUGAAAAGAUGAUGGCGGCGACUGCAAAUGGUUUCGAUAUUGUGCAGUCCAAGGGAUCAAAGAUUAAUCAGGAACGUUUCUCGGAUUCUGCUGAUUCGAAGAAAUCUGAUAUUAGUAACAAAAAACUACAAGGACGGAAAAUGUUGGUGAAUACUGCUCAUGAUGCCAAGGAGACAAUGGUCGUGAAAGAUGCCUCUUCUUCAUCAGAUGCGGCAAAAGGUACUAAGAGUACCGCGUCAAGGAAUUCAGGUACUAAUCUCCUCAACACAAGCAAAAUCAGCUCGCAACAGUCCAAUGCAAAUGCAGCAAGUAGCAGCAGAUUUGAAGGUUCUCAUGGCAAUCCUUCAGAAACCUUCGAAUCCCAAAAACAUCACCAAGCGACCCAAGCCGCUGGUAAGUUUAUGAACAUGAUGCACAAGGACUACAAAGGGUCCGAUGGGAAGGCUUCGUCCCACCGCAGACCCCCUAUCAACAACGAUGCGCCAUUGGAUGUUGACGAUAGUAAUGAACUCAUCCACAAUUCUGAUGUAGACUUUUCAACUUCUACGAUGAUGAGCAAUAACCAAAUAUUAGAUGAUUAUCCCCGACCUGCUCCCAAGCCUCGCCGGAAGCCUCCCAUAAACAAUAACCUAAACCCUUGAAGACAGUCUUUCGCCUCAUACAAUUUUGCCUUUGCCCUCGUAUUCGGAAAUAUGUACCUUUAUAUUACUUAAUUACUUCCCUGUUUUCCCUAUUGUAUUUUGUUGGUGUUGUUUGUUUUUUUGUUGAUUACGUAGUAACUUUGUCUUCUCUACUGUUGCUACGGUAGGAAGAUAUGGUGUAGAAAAUCAAGUCAGGUAGUAUAUGGUGGUUAUAUAAAUAUAUGAUAUGACUUUAUAUAA